GUUGGCACUUGUUUACAGCAAAGACAAUUGUCUCAUCAGCUGUCCUUAACUGGAAAGAAAGGGUUUUGUACUUGAUUGGCGUGACUCUUUGCCCUUUACCGAGUUUUCAUACAGGAUUACUGUUAAGUUUGUUUUUCAGUCUUUAAUGGUGGUGUAGGGAGGAAAACGUCAUCGUCUUUUCUUCCCUUGGGAGCAUCUUGCCUCGAGCCGUCUCUAUCGAGUGAGUUGUUAUCAAUAAUGGGUGACGAACAAGCUGGCCCGUCUAGAAAAAAUACAAUGGACACUGAAAGAUCCAAUAGCUCGGGAACAAAUAGUAGCAAAUCAGCAACAGAAAAUAUUCCGAAACAAACAUCACUUUCAGCAGAAGAAACAAACAAUCACUUGGCAUUUGGAAAUGGAAGGACUAAUCCGCCCAGAACACCUAGUAGGAAUUGCCCUUCUAUUGAUGGUGAAUGUCCAUCAGGCCAUUUUGAUGAAGAGGAUUUGGACAUGCCAGAAUUAGAAACUCCCAGCCCUGUCUUGAUGCCGUCACAGCUGCUCUCACCCCCAGUUGCACUCCACUAUGAUGAAACUUUGCCAUUGACUCUUCAAAUGCCAACAAGUAUUAAUGUCAGUGUUAACUUGCAACCUUCAGCGUACAGUCUGUCUGGGCCACCAGAUCCUGUAUUCCUUGACGACAGUAUGGAGAGUGGGGAGAGAGAGAUCACUAUCACUCGAAAUCCUUAUUUCGAUCCCUCUCUCUCACCUGGCCCAGUCGACGAGUUUCUUUCUCUUGCCUCCUUCAGUAGCCACGUCGAUGGCUUUCACUUUGGACUGGAGGAGGCACCAGCACCUCCCCAUUGGGCCAACAGUAACCGCGUAGAAUCUUUUCCUCCAGCUGCUGCUUCUGCUGUAGCAGCAUCAUCUUCAUCAUCUGAUGUCCGCCGAAAAAGACCGAAUACAACUCAACAGGAUUCAAAUUGCAACGCAUCGAAGUCCAAAAAACAAGCCGAGACUUCUGGUGGAGAACCUGUACCCGGUCCAUCGGGUAUCGGAGUUGCAAGAACGGUAACUGGCGAUGAUGGCCCAGUUGCUGAUGAUCUACAAUUAGAAUGUCUGACUGACGGUUCAUCCUCUGCUACCGAAUCAGACAUUGACGAUGACGAUAGUUGCAUCGAAGUAGUAAGCGUCCGACCUGGUCUAUUGCGUUCUCAGCAUCAACCCGAAGUCGUAGAUCUUACCAUUUCAGAAGACGAAACGUCGACUCCCAAUCCUUCUACAUCGUCGGGCUAUUCUCGUUCUACUGGGAGACAGCCCAAACCAUCGUCGUCUGUAAAGUCAAGAGCUAUACCUAAAGCAGAGCCUCCAGUGGCACCAAUACCGGUUGUCAUUGAAGAGAACAAUCAGCCAGACGCUGAAGUAAGACGAGCAUCGCCGGCCUUUGUGUCCGUUACUCCAUCGUCCUCUGCAGGAAACCGCCCAGGUGCUUGGUGCGGAUGUCCAGGGCAGUUUUACGUGGACGGAGGACGGCCCACGCCCAUGGGUGUAGCUUGGCCAAACAAUGGUAAUCCAAUACGAGCACAUUACAUUCCUAAUCAGUCUCUUCGACCAUCUCCGCUAGCCCAUCAUGCCACUGCCUUUUCGUAUACACCACCACCGCCAGCUUAUCACCAUCCUCCACCACCGCCAGUUCUGACUCUACGUUUGCCGUCAACCGUUCAAACCCACGGUGGAGCUCGUUCGCCCGUCUGGUGGAGUUAUCCAAGUAUGGCCGUUGAAACAGUAGCCACUCCGUCACCUCAACACGUAGCAGGAGAUGGAUCUUCUAAUCAGGCUGCGGCCAUUCCACUGCAACCCAGUCAGCUGGUUGAAGCCACUUCUGUCGCUCAACCCGCACCCGUUUUCGUUCCUCAAACAACUGGUAUUUACCAUGCGGCCCCCACUUCACGACCCGUGGACGGACGUUGUACGAUGCCGCCUGCCAUUGCUCGAAGCUUCAUGCGUAUCCAUCCCAUUCACCAGAGGAUUUGGCAUUCACAGCACCGCUCGCAAGAAGCUCUUCGACGUCAUAUGGACAUGGCACAGCGUGUCGCAGCUGGAGAAACCGUCGAAGUUAGCGGUCCGUCAUCGAUUCCGGAUUCUCCGAUGAUGAGUCAAGGCAUUCAAAAUCAACAACAACCUACUGGUUUCUCUGGUCCGCCUCCUCCAUAUCAUCCAGUUGCACUGGAGCGCAACAGCAGUCCUUCGCCACAAUUCAGAACUGUUCACGCUCCCGAUUUGAGUAGCCACAUGAUGCCGGCCGUUCAAGCUGAAAUUGUCGUUGAAAGCUCUCCUGUCAACUUAGAUCCUCGCCAUCACCAUUUGCCUCCUCCUCCUGCCUAUGCUUUUGCUCCGUCUUACCACCACCACAUUGCCCAUUUCAGUCUGCCUGGCAAUUUGCAUAUCAGUAUAGGUCCAGGACCAGCCAUCCCGCCCGCAGUACCACCACCACCACCUCGAACCGUACCAAUGGAACGCGUUCCACCACCUGCCAUGCCCGGUGUUCAAGGUGCCGCAGCAGUCGAAAUCCAACCAGCCCAUCAGCAGGAGCAACCUUACCACCGUGGCUACCCGUUGUACAUUCACCACCAGCAGCACGGUCACCACCACCAUCCUCCACCACCAUUGAUCCCACUGGGCAACAGUCCAUUCUUGAGCGGAUCACCACAUCACUACCCAUUUUUACGUCCUUCAACGCGUUUGGAAGAGUACAUGCGAUUGGUGGAACAGCGUCGAAUGGCCCAGCUCUCGCGUGGUGCCUCCCAGACGUGCAUCGAACGCAAUACUCUGUCGCAUUCGUACAAGCGUCUCUUGCGUAGCAACAGCAGUGUUGAUGGCGACAGUAAUGAAGACAACACCGAAAAGUGUACCAUUUGCCUGUGUGAAUUUGAGGAAGGUGAAGAUGUCCGUCGUCUACCUUGCAUGCAUUUGUUUCAUGUCUCUUGCGUUGACCAAUGGCUUACCACUGUUAAAUUCUGUCCACUUUGUCGUGUUGAUAUUGAAGCCCAAGUGGAAUCGAAAGAGCAAGGACAAGGGGAUUCUCGUAGCUGGAGCUCGUCUUCAGCUACUCCUGAAGGAGCUUCUCUCCGUAUACCUCCAGACGCAACCGAAAUGGAGGCCGGAGCUCCAGCAAGCUGAACUUAACUUUUGCACAUAGGUUAUUCCUAUUUUUUUUAAAGUUUAAAAAACGCUAGUUUCCUUCAGUAUAUGAUUAUCCCAGUUCUCUUUCCUACUCUUUAAUUCGAAGUUUUGUAGUGGUGUUUAUAUUAAUAUUUGUGUUUGCGUAAAAUUAGCGUGAUCUAUGAUGAUGAAAUGAGUCAGAAAGAAGAGUUGUUUAUGAUUAGUUUACAAACUAGUGUUGGCUGACUCGGGGGUUUCCCUGACCAGUGAAACGUUCUACUCUACCUCAACUUUACCGUAGUAGAGGAAUCAAGGAAUGAGUCGCGAGUUUUAUUAACAAUCAGUACCGGCGCCUUUCUUCAACCUAUGUUAACCCCACAGUUUAACUGAAAUAAGGUUAAAAGCUUUCUUUUAUGAUUUUCAUGUAUUGAAAUUAAUUGCUUUGAAAUCGACUUUGCUUUCAAAUUUCAACUCUCACUCUCCGACCUCCUCCUCACCCUCCAGAAAAAAAGGGGGAAAUAAAAAGUUUGUUUCUUGCAUUUAA